GCAACUCUUUCAGAUGCUAACGUUGGCUGGCACAUCCGGGUAAACCUAGGUGGAAAAACCGAUGCUGUGCUGUGGUUUCCAGUGGAAAAAACUUUAAUCGAGCUAUUAUCACGCCGUUCCACACAAGGCUGGACAUCUAUACACAUCUAACAUGGAGACUGCUGUGAUAAAUCUUCACAGCGUUUUUGAACAUCUCCGGGCGCAAGUUGAUGUGCUCAAUGAAAGCAUUGAGCCCCAGUUCAUUCAGAUGGCCCUGAACUUUGAAGACAGCCGUAGAAAAUGGCUGAGACUGGAGCAGGAGCUGAACAUGUGUAAGGAGGUGGUUACCAAAGCUGAGACGGAGAAAGGAGCGCUGGAGGUCAAGCUCAAACACGCUCGUAACCAAGUGGACGUGGAGAUCAGACGGAGACAGAAAGCUGAGGCUGACUGUGCCAAGCUGGAUCGUCAGAUCCAGCUCAUUCGGGAGCUGUUGGUGUCAGAAGGUUCAGGAAACAGCAUCCAGUUAAAUGAGGAGCAGCGCUCGGCUCUGGCAUUUUUAAAUGCCCGUUCCCAAAAUCCCCCAAACCUCAACACUAGCAGACGACUGACAACCAUCGAUGAAUCUGCCUCUAUUCUGUCAGACAUCAGUUAUGAUAAAACCGAUGAUUCUUUGGACUGGGACUCGUCUGCGAUUAGAACCGUUCGUCUUAAGAAGCGACAAAAGAGACGUUCCUCCAGGAAUCACACAGAUGGCCCUCCUGCCACUGCCAAGAGGUCCCGAUCCACCGGUCGGACUUCUGAGAAAGGUAAUGAGUCUCUGGUGACCAAAACCACUGUGACAGUGCCAUCAGACGGAGGACCCAUUGAGGCGGUCACCACAGUGGAAGCUGUUCCCUACUGGACCAGGAGCAGACGGAAAACCGCUGCUAUGGAGUGGGACACUGUUGAUACAGAUUCUGUACAGUCUCUGGAUGUGUUCAAGCACCCCAGUCACCCCAGUGGACUGAACAAAGCCGAACCAAGCACCCCCCAGGGUGGAGGCGUUCGUUUGCAUGAGUUUGUCUCCAAAACGGUGAUCAAGCCAGAGUCUUGCGUGCCAUGCGGUAAGAGGAUCAAAUUCGGGAAGAUCUCGUUGAAAUGCAGGGACUGUCGUGUGGUGGCUCACCCUGAGUGUCGUGAACGCUGCCCCUUGCCCUGUAUUCCUACUACAGGUGGUACUCCGGUCAAAAGUGAAGAGGGCACCCUUGCAAGCUAUGUGUCCACAACAUCUCCCAUGAUUCCUACACUAGUGGUACGCUGUGUAAAUGAGAUCGAGCAGAGAGGCAUGCGCGAGACCGGUCUGUACCGAGUGUCUGGCUCUGAUCGAGUGGUUAAAGAGUUAAAAGAGAAGUUCUUGCGCGGGAAGAACGUUCCUCUGCUCAGCAAGGUGGAAGACAUACACGCCAUCACCGGGCUUCUCAAGGACUUCUUGAGGAACCUCAAGGAGCCCCUGCUGACUUUUCGCCUCAACCGUACCUUUAUGGACGCUGCUGAGGUGCCCGAUGAUGGCAACAGCAUAGCGUUGAUGUAUCAGAACAUCAGUGAUCUGCCACAACCAAACCGAGACACUCUGGCCUUCCUCAUCAUUCACCUGCAAAGAGUGGCCCAGAGUACUGACACAAAGAUGGACACCCACAAUUUGGCUCGCGUGUUUGGGCCUACAAUUGUGGGUCAUGCUGUGCCAGACCCAGAGCCAAUGACCAUCCUGCAGGAUACGAGACGCCAGCCAAAAGUGGUUGAGCGUCUAAUGGGUCUGCCAGUGGAGUACUGGAGUCAGUUCAUGAUCAGCGAGAACGAGCACGGUCACAAUGAUCACAUGGUCAUUGAGAACGCCAACGCCCAUGCCACACCUGAUCAGAAAACGACCAUGUUUGGGCCGAUCACGACACCUGACCAGCAGAUGAGCAAGACUCCAUCAACCAGCUCGCUUUCCCAGCGCAUGAAGACCGCAACUCUCAAUGCAAUCACUCCAAAAUUUGGCAGCAGAAGCAGAGCUGCCGCCAGCAAUUCUCGUCAGGGGAACUUCUUCGCCUCACCCCUGCUGAAGUAGCACUGGAGCACGUUUCACGCUCUAUAGCUUUGAGUUUAUUCAUUGGGAAAAAGCUGCAAUAUAACAUUAUCCAACGUGCAUAUUUUGUAUUUGAUUUAUUCUUUAAUAAUCGAUUUUGAUUGUUUUAACGCUACUGCUUUUAUCUGUUAAUUAUUUUCUAGCAAACUUGUUUUUUUAGUCGGUUUUAAGUGUUUAAAUGUACUGUUAACAACCAAAGGGAUUGAACAGAUCCACAUCGAUCUUUAUAAAAUACAGCAGUGUGGUCUGUGUCAGUUUGGGAGUUCUUUAUCAAGAAACCCAAAUCUGAUUGCAACUAGUAUACAAGGUUUUGUGUAUAUAGUAUAGUCCGCAACUGUAACAUUGUGUAUUACUGUAUACUCUCUUAUGGUUUACAUGAAACUGCAAUACAACUCUCUCUUUGAAGACAUUUUGUUUUUAAUCUUGGCAAGAUUUGAGCGAUUCUGGACGGUAACAUAAAAAAUUUGACCAUUAGUUAAUGCAUGCAGGAGUGCAAACACUACUAUUGUUACUGGGCACGUCUUUCAGUUUCAUGAUUGUUUUUGAAUAUAAAUGUUCAUGUUUUACCAGAUACUUAUGUUUAUAGAUCUUAGAAACCAAUCAAGCAAAUACUCUUCUUCCUAUCUGGCUGGCAUGGCAUUAGUUGAUUUGUCUAUAUGCUGUUUAUUGAAUUUUGUAGAAACCUUAUUUAAAUGCCUUGUGGGACAAGUGACUGAUCCAAAGGAUUUAAUGUAUCUUGCCCUGUUCAUAAAAGAUUUAUACUGAUUGGACGACUUUCAAUGUUCAAGUCAAAUAACUUUUCAGCGUCAGACCUCAGGAGGAGAACAGUGGGAGCUUCUGGAGGAUCUACGUGUAUGCAGCCCAGAUCUAUCACGUCUUUUAUUGAUUCAAAAGGGCAACUUUUAACCAAGUGGAACAUUGAGCGAGGUUGAUUUAUCACUUCCAAUUGCUUUUCAACCUGAGUGGUGUGAUACUUUGUAAGACUUGUGCUUUUUGUAAAAUACAGUCAUUUAUUGCAAGCGCCUUGUGUCAGUGCAUU